UAGUGAUAACACAAUGUCCAGCUCCGAUCCAUCAAAAGAAGAGUUGAAGGCAAGGAUCGCUGAGUUGGAACGCGAACUGGAGGAGUUCAAGAGUGCUGCUGCCUCUUCCGCUCCUCCUGCUCCUGCUCCAACUACAACCACAACGCCGAACGGAUCCUACGAAGAUAGCAAUGACUUCAAGCUCAGCCUCCCCGAAUACCUCCGCUACGGCCGCCAACUCCUCCUUCCGCCUCUUGGCCUCUCUGGCCAGCUCCGUCUCAAACAAUCCUCUGUCCUCGUAAUCGGAGCUGGUGGUCUCGGUUCUCCAGCGCUGAUGUAUCUUGUGGGCUCGGGGGUGGGGACGGUAGGGGUUGUGGAUGGGGAUGUGGUUGAUGUUAGCAACCUACAUCGGCAGGUUAUGUACGGGGGUUGUGAGGGCAAGGCGAAGGUUGAGGGUGCACGAGAGUAUCUCAAGCGGUUAAACCCAAAUGUCAACCUCGUCAUCUACGAAGAACAUCUCACCCCUAAUAACUCCCUCGACACCCUCGCCCCCUACGAUCUAAUCUUAGACUGCACCGACACCCCCCUAACCCGCUACCUCAUCUCCGACACCUGUGUUCUCCUCAACCGGAAACCCCUCAUUUCUGCCUCGGCCCUCAAACUCGAAGGAACUCUGACGCAUUUUCUCAAAGGGAAGGAGGGCCCGUGCUAUCGGUGUAUCUUCCCGAGGGCACCAGUUGGGGUAGAAACAUGUGGGGAUAGUGGGGUGUUGGGGCCUGUAGUGGGCGUGAUGGGUGUUUUGCAGGCUUUGGAGGCUAUCAAAUUCCUCGGAUUGGGAGAGAAAGACAGAAAAGAGCAAGAACAAGAGGGAACGAAGAUGUUGCUGUUUGGGGCGUGGCCGGAGAUGACGUGGAGGUCUAUCAAGAUGAGGCCAAGGAAGAAGGAUUGUGUGGUUUGUGGAGAGAAUCCCACUAUCACUCUCGAAGUUUUCCGGAAGGGGGAAGUGGAUUAUGGGGCGUUUUGUGGGGGUGUGGGCUUACACGACGGGGAGAGGUUAAGGAGAGAGGAGAGGGUCAAGGUGCAAGAGCUCAAGGAGGCGCUAGACAAGGGAAGGGCACUUGUGGUGGAUGUGAGGGAUGAGACACAAUAUGGGAUCACCGCACUCCCAAACUCGUUCAAUGUUCCACUCCGGACUCUCCAGCAAGACCCAGAUGAUCUUCCAGCAGUACUUCAGGAGGCGGGGCAGGGGCAGGGGCAGGGGCAGGAAGGAAAGGAGAUUUUUGUGGUGUGUAGGUACGGGAAUGACUCGCAAACUGCUACAAGGAUACUGAAGGAGGGGUGGGAGAGGGAAGGUCAGGGGUUUGUGGUUAGGGAUGUUAUUGGGGGUUUGGAUGCUUGGAGCCGGGAGGUUGACGGGGAGUUUCCAAGGUAUUAGAGUUAGAUUUAGAAAUUACAGAUCGGCACUAGAGAUCGGCUGAGCAACUUUAUCUCUCAACACGAACGGCGAUACGUCCUUUCGAAC